CUGAGCCCCGGAGGUGACGGCUGACAUGUUGCCUCCUCGGAGUUUCGGCGCGUCUCGGAGACAUGUUUCAAUGGUUUCUUCUCCACAUAAUGGACAACACCAUUUUAUAAUUUUGUAGAUUUUUUGUAGAUUUUGCAAUUUCCGCUUAAGCCAAGACAGACCGGGGGUUUACCCGGGUAAAAAAAAUUAGGCGUGGCUUAUUUACCAUUCUGCACUAUAGGCUACUCUGUUCACCUGUUCACAGAACGCAAGCUCGUUUACCUUGUGUCUCUGUUAAAAUAAACAACCUGUGGAACAUUAACCACUCUCCGAGUCAUACCUAGCCCGAGACGACCAUACCACAAAGGAUCGAAUUUGGAGUCGGAAUGAAGUGGCUUUUUUUAUUAAUUCCAGCCUUUACCGUUGGUGUAUUUGGUGACCCGUGCACAUUCACCCAUCAGGGCAAAGCAACGACGUACAACAUCUCAAACCCUAAGAGCAAUCCAACGUGUUAUUACAGAUGGGCUGAUUCUAAUGGCACCAUACUGGCAACUGAAGAAGAACCCAAUAAUGGAGGUACAUCCUCAUCUCACUCCUCUCUCACUUUGCUUGGAUGCCUGAAGAACGUUUGUGUUGAAACUAUGUGCCAUCUGAAGCACUACGAUCCAAUCUGCUGCCCCACUGACUGCCCUACUGCAACAGAACCUCCAGCUAACUUCACUCCUGCAACAGAACCUCAAGAACGCAUUGACCCCAUAAACAACAACAGCAGCCCCCCACCUCUGGCUGUAGUCUUGACUCCAGGGGGCAUUGCAGGGACUGUGGUCGGGACUGUCUUGGUCAUUGCGGUGGUCAUUGCGGUGGUCAUUGCGUUGGUCUGCUGCAGAAGGAAAGAAAACAGUUUGUUCGAGCGGUUCAAGAGAGCGUGUUCUUCAAACGAACCACAAAGCGGAAGUGGAGGAGAUGGAAGACCAGAGGUUAUACCGAUGCUAGACGUUUAGACACGUGACAAGUUUGAGUUCUAUUGGCUGCGGAAGCUGGCAGACUCUUAAUGCUGUACCAGAGUGUGCACUUUGGAGUGAUUUUGGUCCAGUAACACAGAAACGGGAUCAUGUAUAAAUCUGAAUAGGCUGAAUAGUAUAAAUCUAUAAAAAUAUGAAUAUUAUAUUAUUAUAUACUAGACAAAGUAUUAUUAUUAUUAUUAUUAUUAUUAUUAUUAUUAAGUGGAGUGAGUUACAAUGUUCAAAUGAUAACAAUAAUAUAAAUCCAGUCUAGAACUGUGAUUGCUGAUCAACAUGGGAGGCAUAUAUAAUGAUGUGGAAGCUGUGGAAGCUCUUCAUUCUCUUCAUUUAUUUCUAGCAGGCUUGACUACUGUAACGGUCUCCUCACAGGCCUACCCAAAAAAAAUAUCAGGCAGCUCCAGCUGAUCCAGAAUGCAGCUGCUAGUGUCCUUAUGAAAGCUAAGAGGUCAGACCACGUUACACCCCUACUGAAAGCUUUACACUGGCUCCCUGUCAGUCAAAGAAUAGAUUUUAAAGUAUUGUUGCUUUUUUUUAAAUCACUAACUGGAAUGGGGCCCACUUAUCUCGUAGACCUCCUCCAAUACCACACCCCCACUAGACCUCUUAGAUCUCAAGACCAACUGUUUUUAACAAAACCAACUGUGAGAACCAAAAGCGAUGAAGCUGCCUUUAGUUUUUAUGCUACUCAGCUGUGGAACCAGCUGCCAAUUUCAAUCAGAACUGCACCCUCUAUUGACAGUUUUAAAACCAGUAUCAAGACCCAUCUAUUUUCUGUUGCCUUUUCUUAGACUAUUUUUUUUGUUUAAUAUGCUCUCCCUUAUGCAUAACCAUUAUUCACUUUAUUUAUGUUUUUUUUUUAUCUGAUUUUAUGUAUUUUAAUUUUUAGAUAUUUUGUCUUGUCUUCCUUUUAUCAUGGAAAACACUUCAUUGUAUUUGUGUAAAGCACUUUGGGUUGCCAUUGGCAUGAAAUGUGCUAUAUAAAUAAAAGUACCUUACCUUACCUUACCUUCAUGCUGUACCAGGGUGUGCACUUUGGAGUCACGUGUAUAGGAAUGAAUAUUACCAUCUCAUUGAAUUUUGUACUCGAUACUCCUCUCUUUCUCUCACUCUCUCUCUUUCUCUCGAAUAUUGCAUUUAAUUAACGACGAUAGACUUUUAAAAAAAUCGAUAUAUACAGUAUCUAUAUGUUAUACAAAAAUUCUAAUAUAUAUUUCAAACUCAAUUUACCCAACUAUAUAUAUAUAUAUAUAUAUUUUAACCGGAUCAAGAUAAUCAACCCUAUCAGAUAUAAAUGCAUGUUAUUCUCCUGUCUCGUUGAUUUCUGGAUGGAUUAUGUAUACGGUUAAGGGUUCAGCAUGGGCGGUGUUCUUGAGACAUUGGCAAGGGGGCGUUUCUUUAAACUUCCGAUGUGGCGUGAUGAUGACUCACAGAAGGGAAGUUACUAACCACAGAAACGUCAGCAUGUGGCUCAACUCUGAUUGUUCUUUGCUUCAUAAAUAAAUUGGCUUGACUUGUAUUUCAAAUG